GAAUCUUCCUCAAAAACCAAAAGGGCACUUUUGUAAACAAAAACUUUAUCAUUUUCACUAUAAAUUCUUGAACCACCACUUCACUUAUUUUCACUACCUUCCAUAGAGAAACAAAGAGAGAUCAAGUGUUAGAAAAUCUCAAAGAGUGAAAAGAAAGAAAAAAAUGAGGCCAAUAAAUAGUGUAUCAUCAUCAACAACAUCAACAAUAUCAUCAACCAAUGUUAUCAAGAUAUGGAAAUCACCAAUUCCUUAUCUAUUUGGUGGCUUAGCACUAAUGCUCAUUUUGAUUUCAGUUGCAUUGGUGAUUCUUGUAUGCAACUACAAAAAGCGCGGUUCUUCGUUGCAAUCGUCGAAUUCGGAUGAAGAAAUGAAACAAGGAAUGUCCAUGAAUGUUGUGAUGGUUAAUUCCGAGCCUGAGGUGCUUGUGAUUAUGGCGGGAGAAGUUAAACCAACUUUUUUGGCAAAACCGAUUAUCAAUUCUUCUUCGCCCUAUUGCACGUGCGGAGCUGAAUCAAGUUCGACUCAAUCAUCAGGAUUAACGAACGAGGAAACGAUAAGUAAUUAAGUUGUUAUUAUGAGCAACAAAAUUUUGGUGAAGUAUAGAAAGCACUUCCUUUUCAUGUUCAAGUGGUUUUGUGAGCACUUGGAUAUGAUCUCACUUUGAAAUGAGUUUUUAGUUUUUUAUUUUUGGGAUGAAUUUUUGUUUUUGAUAACGAAGGAAUGCGACUUUGCUACUAAUUAUGUUUUUGGUUUUUCUGUUUAAUAAAGUUUAAUGAUAUAAUGACUAAUUAAUUUUUAUGACUCA